AAAGCACCAGAGGAAAGGGGUGAGACAGGCCCUGCUGGUCCUUCUGAUCCUGCUGGUGCUGCUGGUACUUGUUCUCCUGGGCAACAGUGUCGUACUGCUCGUACUGGAGUUGACGAUUCUCACACUGAUUGUGCGGAAGCUACUAAGAGGAAGACUUGUACUACCGCGGGUGGAGACGCAGAAGAGAAUUGUCUUCCUGAUUCUGUUCCUCCUUGUCCAACAAAAAAGGAACCGGCUCCACCUACACCGAAGGAAACCGCUCCCACUUUACCAACAUCAACCGCUAAAGGUCCACAAGAGGGUCUAGGUCCAUCUAGUGGACAAGCUGAUUCUGCUGCUAUUGUGAAUCGAACUGGUGGUGGUUCUAAUGGUGGUUCUUCUUCUGAUCGUCCUGUGGAACCUGCUCCACCUGCUGCUUCUUCUUCUUCUGCUGAGGAGAGUGCUGUUCCAACUCAAGGCGACAGUCACGCUGGAGGCAGCGGCAGCAGUGCAGCAGGUGAAGGUGCAGCAGAUAAUGUGAAUGCUGAGGAAACACAACCUUCUUCUCCCACUACUCCAGAGAGAGAUAUUACAAGUGGUUCUGAUACUGCAACACCAGGGAAUGGCACUACAUCUUCAGGAGGAGAAUCAACAAGUAACUCAUCUGAUGUGGGAAAUACAGAAACCACCACUGAGGAAUCAACCACAACCACUACCACAACAACACUUCCUCCUGAACUCACAAACAACAAGAAGGGUGAUGCAGACAGCAGCAGCAGUAUCAGCAGUUCUGUGUGGGUGCGUGUGCCACUACUGAUUGUGGUUACACUGGCCUGUAUUCUUGUGUGCUGA